AUGGGGUCUUCGUUGUGUAUUAAAAAAAGUAAUCAGAGGUGUUAUGACUCAAAAGGGUCAGUAAGUGAUUCAGAAUCAUCUUCUAUUGACCCACAAGAGUUACGACUAAUACAAAGACAAACUCAAAAACAAUCUUCUACAGUGUCAUCAGUUAUUGAGACGACACAAAUUAAUGAAGAGAAGAAGAAAAUAAUUUAUAUUUUUAAAAAAAGAACACUGUCAAAUCAAUUUGAAGAAUCAUUAUUAUUUGAAAUUAGUAAAUAUUUAAAGACUGAACAGGACUAUAAGAAUUAUUCACAAAUUAAUAACAGAUUCUCUAAAAUACUUUCAAAAUAUCAUUAUAAUCCAAUUAAAUCAUUUCUUUUAUUUAAAGAAGUAACUACUCAAUUUUUAUUUACAAAGAAAGAUAUUAGACUUCCAAAAGCAAAUAAAUUCAUAUGGCUAUUCCCUGUUCAUAUUGGAGAAGCAUUAAGAUAUUCACCUGAGAGAAAUAUAUUUCGUAGUAUUAAAUUAACUCAAAAUUAUAUUCAUUUUCAUGGUGAUUUAAUUCCAGUAGAAACUAACAUUAUUGGAGAUAAAGCUUUCUUUAUGAGAAAAGAUCUUAUUUCCAUUACAAUUCCAACAAGAGUUCGUUGUUUACAAAGUGCAGUUUUUGAAGGGUGUUGUAGUUUAAAAGAAAUUAAUAUACCUUCUUCAGUAACUUCAUUAGGAGAGAGAUGUUUUAAAGGAUGUACUUCAUUAACUAGUUGUAAAAUGACUGAAUCAAUAAGAAGUAUUGGAAGAGAAUGUUUUAAUGAAUGUUAUUCUUUAAAAAAUGUUGAGUUACCUUCUCUUCUUGUAUCAAUAAAAGAAUAUUCAUUUCUUAAAUGUCCUUUUAAUGAAAUGAUACAAACCCCUCCAUUACUUCAAUUAUUACCACUUAGUUGUUUUGAGUAUUCUACACAACUUCGUAAUGUUAUUUUUCAUUCUUCUGUAGAAUCAUUAGGAGAACAUUGUUUUGCACAUUGUAUAAGAUUAGAUAGAAUUGAAUUACCAAUAUCAUUAACAUCUCUUGGAGAAGGUUGUUUUUGUUAUUGUGAAAAUUUAAAAGAAAUUAUUAUAAAUGAACAAUUACAUGUUUUACCAAAAAAUUGUUUUGAAAAUUGUGAAUCAUUAGAAGCAGUAAUUAACAGUCAAUUUAUUCAUCAAUUAAAUGAAAGUGUAUUUGAAAAUUGUUGUUCAUUACAAACAAUUUUAUUAUCACCAUAUCUUCAAAAACUUCCUCAAAAUUGUUUCUUUAAUUGUUGUUCAUUAAAAGAAAUUAAUUUACCAUUUACAUUAACUUCUAUUAACUCAAAUUGUUUUUAUAAUUGUAAAUGUCUUGAAACAAUUGAUUUACCUUCACAUUUAAAAGAAAUUCAUUCAAACACUUUUGCUUUUUGUACUUCUUUAGAAUAUAUUUCGUUGCCACGUUCUAUUACUUUAUUUGGAAAUAAUUGUUUUAAACAAUGUCUUAAAUUAAAACAACGUAUUAAUGUUCCUGAUUAUUGUUUCCAACAAAUUUCUUUCUUCUAA